ACCCGCUGUGUUUCUGUGUGGGGCGGUGAGCUCGGCAGCGUCGCGCCUUCCCACCAGCUCCAGGAAUGGACUGACUUUCCAGCUUCACCGCUGCUGACAAAUCCACUCUGUUUCUCCACGACUCCUCGGAUAAACGUUCAGAGUUUAACUCCAGCCUGGGGGUCAUUUUAAUCUGAAGUUGCCAUCUGAGCGACAACACAGAUUUUCCUCUGCCGUGCGCGACUUGUUUGUAGCCGUUGGACGACACGAACUUAAACGAACCCGCAGACAUUUUGUUAUUUCUGAGAAUUACACCGUUUUUUUUUCGCCUCUCCUCUUACUUUUCAUCAGUGUAGUCGCAGCUGGCUGAAGCAACUGUUAAAGGACCACCACAAGGCGAGGAGGAAACCAUCGCGUCCCUCUCUGCUCCUCGCUAGCUAAACCCAAGCACCGCUGUGUGUUUUUAAUUUACAUGCGUUGAGGUCGCUUCGCUGCCGCUCGUGCGUUAAAGCGGAAGGCUCGCGCUGGAACAACGAUGGAUCAUUUUGACUGACAGCUUUUGAAGAAUUAGCUAGCUUAGCACCGAUGGUGGUUUCCUGUUCACACACACAGUAAAUACGGGGUCGGGACAGGUACAGCUGAAUGGUCUUGCAUCACCCAGACAAGACAGCGACUCUUUUACCUCGCGAAGUGCAUCACUUAUAUUCGGCUUAAAUUUUUUUUUUAGGGGGGGUCGCUAGCUACCGUUAGCUAGUCAUCCUGCUAACGCUGGACAGCUCCGGUGUAAGGCAGGGCUAGCUUUGGACAAAGGACCAACGCAAGGAAAAAUAUAAACACAGAGCACUCAGUUGAUCGUGUUUGGGAAGGAAAGCAACAAACAAGGAAUUGACAUGAUGUUUCCACAAUCAAGACACUCAGCUUCAUCGCAGCAGCUGAAAUUCACAACCUCUGACUCCUGUGACAGGAUCAAGGAUGAGUUCCAGUUCCUUCAAGCACAAUAUCACAGUUUGAAGCUCGAGUGUGACAAGUUGGCCAGUGAGAAGUCAGAGAUGCAGCGCCAUUAUAUCAUGUACUAUGAGAUGUCCUACGGGCUCAAUAUUGAGAUGCACAAACAGGCUGAGAUUGUGAAAAGAUUGAACGGGAUCUGUGCACAAGUCCUCCCCUACCUGUCUCAGGAGCACCAGCAGCAGGUCCUGGCAGCCAUAGAGAGGGCCAAGCAGGUCACCCCCCCAGAGAUGAACUCCAUCAUAAGGCAGCUCCAGGCUCACCAGCUGUCUCAGCUCCAGGGCCUGGCCCUGCCCAUGACCCCCCUGCCGCUGGGCCUGAGCCAGCCAACCCUCCCGGCCGUCACCACCUCCUCUGGUCUCUUCUCCCUCUCCUCCCUGCUGGCCUCUCAGGCCCAGCUGGCCAAGGAGGAGAAAGCGUCACGCGACGGAGUUGACAGCCACCGCGAGGAGGACGGAGACAAGUCCGAUUAGAUGGUGUCCCCAUUCAGCUCUGUUUUUAUCCAGAGACCUGAAUCCCCAGAUCUGAGCUCCCUUGGCCUACAGCCUCUCCCCUGGUCUCCCUCUCUCUAUGACCUUAGCUAACAUGGGCUUUAAUCCCAUCACACAGCUCCAGCUACAGACCCCUAACCAACUCUCUUUACUGGGAGGGCUUUGGCACCUGCCCCCUCAUGUCAGACUGGUCCUGAUUGCUUCGUAUUUACCAUCCAUGGGUUGUUCCUUUACCCUCCUUCCUCUUUAUCACCAUCAAAGUGUCGCCUGCGUCUCUUUUUUGUAUCUGAUCAAGCUUCAUUUAUUUUAUCUUUAUUUUUUUAUCAGGACUGCUUUCUAUUUCAGUUCCUUCCUGCCUUCCUGUUGCUCUGUCUCUCAGCUCUUAUUCCUGUUUAGUUUCUGUUUCUCUCUCUCCAUGGCUCUCUUCCUCCCACUCUCACCCACCUCUCGCCUCUGUUCUGAGCGGGUUCUUGUAAUGCAGGACUGAUCUGUGAGACUGAACGCACCGUACAGUAGGUGUUAAAACAGGCUAAACGUUAAACACAGGGAUUCUUUGGCAAGCUGUAACACUUGUCAGACACAACACAGGAUUCCUCCAAACUUCAAUUUUCCUAAGAAAGAGGUCUGACAAAGAUCAGUUGAUAUUUUUUUGGCAGUACAGAUCGCAUGCAUUCAUUCCAAGCUGGCUUUGAGUUUAAAUGGCGGAUUGUUAUGGAUUAGAGAAGUGUUUUAACAGUGUCCUGGCUAAAGAGAGACACAUCCCAAACACACACAUACACACACGUCCUAACCAAAAACUGCUGCUUAUGGAGCAGAAUUGAUGCGUUGAGAAGACGUCAACAAACGAGAGAUUUUGUGUAUAAUCCUAAAUUUAUAUUGAGAGAGGAAAAAGCACCUUCUUAGAGCAAACUUCAUGCUGAGAGCUGCCAGAGUAGAUAACAAACCCACAUUAGUGAGUAAUCCCCCCCGACUUACUAUCCUCACUUGACCCUGUGAGGUUCGUUAGAUAAAUCCGCCCAGCACCUUAACUGAAGGCAACAUUUUCCUCAGCAGUUAAAUGAACAGAGAUGCCGCUUGACUCCUGCACCACCCCACCCCCCACCCACCCACCACCGCCACCACCUUUUGCAUCUUUAAUGUGAACUUAUAUCAGAGGCACCGGGGGGAGAGAGUGUGCAUGUUGUGUGUUUGACAGCAGAGGGCAGUGUGUGUCCUUCUCCUCACUGGGUCCAGAGCAAAACAAGGACAGGACAAUGACAGAGUGCAGGCUAUGUCACAAGGGGGGAAUGGCUUAUUUAUCCACUCUGUGUGUACUAACUUAAUACACAGAGACUAGACUGAGGACAUUAAUCUCUGCAUGAGGUCAGUUGCGGUCUCUCUCUUGAUCCAGUUCUUGAGGAAAAAGUCUGUUUUAAGAUAAAAUGGACCCGUUUUGAUCCCUUUGUAAAUUCAGAUUUACAGCCUGUACAUUUGUAUUCACUGUACUUAUAAAGGUCUGUCACUUAUCAGACUAACACUACAUUAUUCAGGCCAUUUAACACCUACGUAGGACAUCGAGUGGGCAAUCUCCACGACCUGACAAAAUUAUAUCAGUGCAGAUCACACGGAUGAAGCCCGAGCGUCCUCCACAGCUGCUCCGAUGAGUAGAAACUCCCCCUCAGCCUCACAGGACCUGUUUUCAAUUAGCUUGUCCGAUUAAACCUCUUUUCCGGUGGAAGCUGGCUGAAACUAUGCUGAGAGAAAACUCCUAUUGUGAUCAAAAGCAGAGUUUCAGAACUUUUUAGGGACCCCAAAAAUCUUCACUAACAAAAAAAAAAGGCCACGAGAAUCCUUUCAGGUACUUGUGUUAUUAUGUAAUGGAAAAUAUAGUACUCUUUUCAUUAUAUUUAGGUUUAAUUUCUUAAAGUUACAGUUUUGAAAAUGUAUGUUUUGUUAUCUUUCGAAGCACCUAUGGCGAUAAGCAGUAAUUGCAGGUGGAUUGCACUUCCCCAGAGAUCCUAACAGUGUCGCCUUCUUCCGAAUGUUGACUUUGUUUCCUUUUCUUUGGAUUUGUACUUCUUUUUGUCUUUUUGAAGAUUCAUCAUCUUUAUUCAUUGCUUUUCUUUGUUUGUUUAGCCGUAAUAACCAUUUACUUGCAACGCUAGCAUUGACUGAAAAAAAAAAAACUGCACGCUGCUUCACACAUGUGAGUUAAAGAGCGAGUCUCUUGCUUUAGCUCCACCUACCCUCGCUGGUGGACCAACCAUUGUCGGGUGAUGGAUCACGCUUCACUAACCGUGCGCCACUUUUGAUUUUAACUGGGAAUUACGCCAUAGACACCCAGUUUGUGAUACUACAAAUUCAAGGGCUUUCAUCAGUAGACCUAAUAGGUCCGUUUCAUUUGGCGAUAGAUUUAACAGAAAUCCAGAAAUGUAUUUAAAUUCAAAUUUUUGAGAUUAUUACUUUAACACUCGCUUACGUGGCAUCCAAUGUUUUUGUUUUGCUUUCAGCCCCUUCUGUAUUAUUGAGCUUUCAGAAAAAUCUCCUUGGUCCUAAUUACAAUGUGGACGUUGACGUUAAAACUUUUUACAGGUCAAAAGCUGUAACUUCAAUAGGACAGAAGCAGCAAAACCACUAGACAGCUGCGUUGCAGGCAGACACUUUUGGUACAGUUCCCUUAGAACGGUACAUAACCCGUGCGGACGUAAACCGUAGUUCUGUAUUGCAUUUCCACAGUAGACAGCACUCAUGCAGGCUGUGCUAUGUCCAGAUGAAAAUAGCUGCUCCAUCCACCUCUCACUGCAUUUCCUUUUUACCGAUGAUACAGAGGAACGUCUGCACCUCGCUGAUCAUCCACAGAACAUGGUUGGGUAACAUUUGCAGAACAAAAAAUAACAGGCUGGAGUGUUUACAGUCUCUCUCUAUGUUGACCAGUCAUCGGACUGCAGUGUUUCUACGGCAGCGUUUUAGUAUCGGAUCAGUGUGCUAAGUACCUUAACAGAGGGGUGACAAAAAAUGGAAAGGAUCGGAACGGCUCUUUUGGUACCACUCACAACUUUUGAAAAAGUUAACAGCUCUAAUAUGUACUGAACUGAACUGAACCGGACAGCUCAGUGGAAAGAAGGUUUUAGUGUGAGGGAGAUUCUUAAAAGAGGUCUAAUCAGGCAACGUGUGUGAACACCUGUGGGGGUGGAAUAGCAGCAGCCAUUAAACGUCUUCUUUCGAUGAGAUGAAAUUGACCCUGUACCCCUCCUUUAGGGUGUUUUGCGGCACUCAUACAUUUCAGCAGAGGUAGACUCAGUGCUUAUGGGACCCCCUGACCUGGCACUGCCUUGUUUGUGUUAGUUUGAAUACAGCCUGUGUAUAAUGUUGUUUUAUACAAACCCCUCACACAUAGACUGACACACACACACCCACACACACUUUCUUAGCCUUCUCUCUCUGAUUUAAUGGCUACACUGUGAGAAUGAAUUGAUGUGAAGUGUGAAAUCUUUUGAUUUUGAAAAAAAAAAAAAAAAAAACACCACCCAAAAUGAUCUUUGGCAUGAUGAUGAUGAUGAUGAUGAUAAAGCACAUUUUAUUGUUGAAUUCAUUCAGAAAGCAAAAGUAUACAACUUGCACGUUAGAAUAAAACCCUCCAUGUCUUCUAACAGUCCUGAUGGCUUACUGUCGGUGACAUUGGCGGGACGACUCCUUCGAUGAUGCCCAUUGUUGUGUAUGUAUGUGAAUACAUAAAUGAGGUGUGUAUAAGCAGUUGUACAGGUUUGAUACACACGAAGCUGAAAUGCUGUUCUCACUACAGCUAAAGCUAACGCGCUAUUCUGCUUGUGAAUUAAGCUCGCAGCACACUGUCCUCCCACAUACUUUAUGUGUCUAGCUACAAACUGUACUCGUCGUAGUGAUAUGCAGAGCUUGUAGACAAAGCGGCACACACACAUACACACACACACACACACACACACACACUCAUCAAUGCAUGUCUGCUGGGGAACCGAUGAUUGAUUUCUUUCUAGUCGAGACAUUUUUCAAAAGAAUGUUUGGUCCAAACUUUCUGUGAUCAAUGCACUUGUAUUUUUUUUUUUUUAAUCCUCUUCUUUGUUUUUAAAUAUUAAUCGAUAUGAACUAGAACGAGAGUUACAAAGCUGACGUUAUAAACAUACAAAUGAAAUUCUAUGUAUUUGUUAAAGUAGUUGGAGGUGCUCGCCUCUGUAUACAGUUAUACAUAGAAAGCUUUAUGUGUAUAUAGCUGCAUCUUUUCUUGUCUGUCCUGGAUGAUUGUUGUGCUAUUGUGUUACAAAACUGAUGUGACACCAGGGGGGAAACUGCAGUACGUUGACCUUUUGCCCUUUGAUCCCUCCCCUCUUCUCUGACCCCCUUCCCCCCGAUCCCUUCGACUCCCACACCUCACCUUCCCAACUUUUUGCCCCCAUAGCGUGAAGCAUUGUAAGCGUUUUGAGCUUUGUAAAGGUCUUUUUUUAAAUACUUAUUUUGUGCAUAAUGUAAAACCUGAAAGUGUGUACUUUGGCAAAAAAAAAAAAAUGUUUUGUGUCUGAAAUCAUAGCUUCAUUGAAACAAAAAAAAGGAAUAUAAAAAAAGUACAACAAACAUUUACUAUAAAUAAUAUGAAAUGUUCUGCAGUAAGGAAGGACUUCUGGUGCCUUACAAAUAAAGUCAAUCAAAUCAUAA